CAAACGUGACACCGCCCAGGGGGCGGGGCAUCUUGAUCCGCCCGCCGUGGCGUGGAUUGAACAACCCGUAGGGAAAGGACGAAAACAGAUGCGAAAAGUUCAGCGGGACUGCUGUUUUGAAACAGGCGGGCCGUUUCGACACGCACUACACGGCUUCACCGGGGUUUGCCCCACUUUGACACCGCGGAAUGGACGUUUUGAAAUCCGCCGGAAGGGCGAUAAUUCGAAGUCCCAGCAUCGCGAAACAAUCAUGGGGAGGCGGCAGACAUAAAAAGCUUCCAGAGAACUGGACAGACACGAGGGAGACCCUUCAGGAGGGCAUGGUAUUCCAGCUCAAGUAUCUGGGGGUCACAAUGGUUGAGCAGCCUAAAGGAGAAGAGCUGUCAGCAGCUGCUGUCAAGAGAAUAGUAGCCACAGCCAAAGCCAGUGGAAAAAAGCUCCAGAAAGUCACAUUAACAGUCUCCCCCCGUGGAAUCAUCCUUUACGACAGUGCCUCCAACCAGCUGAUAGAAAACAUUUCCAUUUACAGAAUAUCCUAUUGUACAGCGGAUAAAAUGCAUGACAAAGUGUUUGCUUACAUCGUCCAGAGCCAACACAAUGAGGCACUCGAGUGUCAUGCCUUCCUCUGCACAAAAAGAAAAGUGGCACAGGCAGUAACCCUAACAGUAGCCCAGGCUUUCAGAGUGGCAUUUGAAUUCUGGCAGGCUGCCAAGGAAGAAAAGGAAAAGCGAGAGAAGUCUGGUUCAGAUGGUGAAGGAGUCAACAGCUCCCAGUCAGACAGCUCAGCGAGCCUUGGCAGCCUGAAGGAAGGAGAUGUAGCUACAACAAAACUCCUAGAUUUGGCUGAAGGGGCCAAUGUUACGUUGGUCAGCUCAGGAACAAUACCAAUGGAUUUGAAUUCCUUUACAGUACAUAAGCAUGCAUCUGAGAACAACAAUACAGUAUGGGAGCUUGAGGAUGGUCUGGAUGAGGCCUUUUCAAGCCGCAGUCUGGAUAGCUUUGAAUCCUGCUCAGACUCGCUGAGUCUCGCACUAACCCCCAGGUCCUGGACAUUGGGGUAAACCCUCAGGAUUUCACCACUGAUGAGUGCCUGUCCCCAGGCAAAUGGGACCAGGAAGACACAGACUUCCCAGCACAAAAAGACUCUCCAGGGUUCUAAUUGACAGCCUCUGCCACGAUCGAGACUGACAGGGAGAAAGACAAACACAGCUCAGGGGUUGCCGCAGCCCACUGACUUCCCCUGAUGGUUCACAUUGGCGGCUCUCAGGUGCUUCUGCAUCGACUCAACCAGGGAAGGUUGACACAAGCAGGGAUUGCACUGAACAGGCCAAAGCAAUAUGAAACCAAUUUAUUUUCAACAAGAACGUGCAGUCAUUUGAUAUUUGUUACAUUCAGUGUAUUUCUUUUCACAUCUGUAUGGAUUGUGCUCCCCCCCCCCCCCACCUCACACAAUGUUUAAGAGUGAGGUUUUAUGUGAGGCAAAAUAACUAGAACUUCAUUUUAUCACAGCAGGUCAAUGUCUAAAACUGUACUGUUAAGGGUGUAGGUGUUUUAGUUUUACUCAAUGGAGCGUGUCACCACAAUAUUCUGACAUGGGGCAAAACUAGUUACUACCUGUGUGCAUCAAAGCUUUUGCCUCUUGCUGGGCAAUACAAGCUUUAAGGAACUGGAUGAAUAUUGGUCAGUGAGUGUGUGUGUCUGGGUUUUUGUGAGAAAGAAAUUGACAAUCCUAUUUGUUUUUUUUCAAAUGCAAAAUAUUUUUGCACUGCAUGUGUCCAUGUUUAAAAGCACAUCUUUCAUGUAAGGGAAUUUGAUGUCAAAAAUGAUUUCUGUAACCCAUACUAAUUUGUACCUUAAAUAGGGGGAAUAACCUUU